AUGCCUCGGAAGACGGGAAGCACGCCUCCUGCUGUGGUGGUUUUAACAAGCAGCGACGAUGACGAAACUGCAGUAAACACAAUGUCAAACAAAAAAACGAAAUCUGUUACGAGACUUCAAGAGCAACGAGGCAGUUCUACGCCGAUUGUAUCAUCGUCGGACAAUAAAGCCCUUGAUUGGCGCAGUUUUUGGAAAGCCGGAAAUUUUGAUUUCGGCCUUACCGGAAACCCUCUUCCUGAUGAUGGAGAUUUGGAGCAUGCCCGUGUUCAUCCGAAGUUUCUUCAUUCCAAUGCCACUUCUCACAAAUGGGCGUUUGGCGCAAUUGCUGAGCUUCUGGAUAAUGCGGUGGACGAGAUACACAAUGGGGCAACGUUUGUGAAGGUUGAUAAAGUUGAUAUAAUGAAGGAUAAUUCUCCAGCUUUGCUUUUCCAUGAUGAUGGUGGGGGAAUGGAUCCUGCUGGCAUUCGGAAAUGUAUGAGUUUAGGUUACUCUUCAAAGAAGUCAAACACAACGAUUGGACAAUAUGGGAAUGGAUUUAAAACAAGCACCAUGCGACUUGGAGCUGAUGCAAUUGUUUUCACUCGUGCGGUUCGUGGAGGGAUUGCAACUCAGAGUGUUGGCCUUUUGUCCUACACCUUUCUACGGAUGACCAGCCAGGAUGAUGUUAUUGUUCCAAUGAUUGACUUCGAUAUUUCGGGACACUGGGCAGAACCUAUAGUAAAUGGCUCUCAAGAUGAUUGGUCUUCUAAUUUGAAAACUAUCCUUGAAUGGUCUCCUUUUUCAUCAAAGGAGGACCUCCUGAUACAGUUUGAGGAUAUUGGACGUCAUGGAACAAAAGUUAUCAUAUUCAAUCUCUGGUUGAAUGAUGAAGGCAUUUAUGAAUUGAAUUUUGACGAUGACGACGAGGAUAUACGGUUGAGGGAUGAAGCUAAUCAAGGAGGUUUGAGAAAACUGCGUAAGAGCGUUGCUGAAUUGCAAGCACAUAUUUCUUAUCGAAUUCGCUAUUCGUUAAGGGCAUAUAUUUCAAUGUUAUAUCUGAAAAGAUUUACAAACUUCAACAUCAUCCUGAGGGGAAAACCAGUUGAGCAGCAUAGUAUUGCAGAUAACUUGAAGUACUCAAAAGUAGUUAAAUAUAAGCCUCAACUACACGCAGUUCAGGCCUCGGUGGAUACAACCAUUGGCUUUAUAAAAGAGGCACCAGCUCUUGGAGUUUGUGGUUUCAACGUGUAUCACAAAAACAGACUUAUUUUGCCCUUCUGGAAAGUUACUGGUGAUGGUUCUUCAAAAGGGCUUGGUGUUGUGGGAGUUCUUGAAGCAAACUUCUUAGAGCCAGUGCAUGAUAAACAGGGAUUUGAGAGAUCAUCUGCAUUUAUCCGGCUUGAAACUAAACUGAAGCAAAUGGUAAUGGAGUACUGGAAAUCCUGCUGUCAUUUAGUGGGAUAUAAGCCCCCGGGUUUAUAUUAUCUGGAGAAGACUAAUCAAGUUCCUAUUGGACCUGCAGCUAACAUUCAGAAUAAAUUGGCCAAGGAACAAUAUGAUGGUCCUCCCGAAGGUUCAAACAACAAACGGAAAACUACCCUGGAUUUUGAUGUCUCAGGGAAGUCAUUUGUUGAUCGUAUCUGUGAAGAGAAUAUUGAACUAUUUAUGAGGUGCGAAGAACAUGCGAGCAAAGAAAUUAAAUUGCAAGAACUGGUUAACAGUUUAGAGAAGAAGCUAAAAGAAACAAAAAAGAAGCAUGCUCAACUACUACUACUUGUGGAGGCCAAGAGGAAGCUACAGAAUGCGAAAUAGCUGAUUCAUGUCGAUGCGAUUCUCGAUCCAACAAUUGUGAUGCACCACUGUUAAUACAUCUAACCUCUCACUUACUUUGCCUCCUACAUUCCAGUUUUUAUGAAAGCUUCAUGUUAUGAACCAUUUCUCCAUGGAGAGUAGAAACCGACUUACUUAUAUUCUCGAUUUGCAAUGUAUAAAAGAUGAAAGAAGUCGUGGAUCUGCGCCUGUUUUGAAGUAAAUGAUCAAUCUUUUGAAUGCAUGAAGCUCCAAGCAACAUGGAAGAAGGGUCUGGCAGCUGAUGAACCAGAUGAUUGGUUUUAGAUACUUGAUAACUAAUCCGUAGGCAACUUAAAAAAAAGGUUGUGUUUUCUUUUCCAAUAUAUGUGUGUAUGAAAUCAAAAUGUAGUAUUUUGAGUAUUGAGAACCCAUCGAUUGAGAAUCAGCUUUACCAUUUGGUCCCGCAGAAUCACAAUCAAUUGACGAAACUACCUUAUCAAAUCAGAUAUCAGCAUAACAUUAUUUUUAA